AUGCAAAUGGAUUCAUCAUCUGAUGUAUCAACAAUUGACCUGACACUUCCAACAUCUGAUGCGCAAACAAGUUCUUCCAAUGAUGACAAGAUGUCUUACACAGUGAAGACAAAAAUUGGUCGUCAUGAUCUUGAACAAUAUUAUGAAGAUUUUAAAGAGUAUAUUACAGGUGAUCUGAAAGAUAAAACAUCUGCUGCAUGUAUUUUAUGCAAAGAAAUUGUUUGGCAUGUGAAAAAUUCUACGUCAAAUUAUUGUCGUCAUUUACAACGUAAACAUAAAGCUGAAUAUGAUUUGUGGUCAAAAAAUGCAUCAGAUAAAGAAAAAAACUUGAACAAGACGAAACAAAUUUCUUUAGAAGAUAGUUUAUCUUCACCUUCUCAUACAUCAAACUAUGGACCAACUCAUCCUCGUCCAGUGGAAUUAACUCGAAUGGCUCUUAAUGACUUUAUCAUUGGAUUAGAUUUACCAUUAUCAAUUACUGAAAAACUGAUAUUUCAAGUUUACAAUACAAAUUCUAUAAAACAAUAA